GAGAGAGUGUUGUUUUUCUGCAGCUGUAAUUGAAGAGGAUGAAGCUGUUUUGUACUCAUCUUCCACCUCCAUCCUUGUAAGAAUUCCUUAUUUAAAAACCUUCCCUUUUCAAAUCCCCUCGAACAAAUCAUAUUUAUACUUACAUAUUUUAUCUCUAUAGCUCUCAGUUUCUUCACACGCGUCCAUAUCCUCUGCAAUAAUUCUCAUUCUCGAGAAACGAGAUCAUAAUCAUCGAAAUCAUUCAUCUGGGUCCUUCACAUUUUCGAUUUUUUACAACCCCAUCUCGAAAUCUUGAAAUUUAGGGUCGAUUUUGUCAUCUGGGUCGGAGAAAUAUUGAGAAAUGGCGCCGACGUUCGAGUGGUGGGCCAAAGAAACCCACAGGGGAACGCCGGUGGUUGUGAAAAUGGAGAAUCCGAAUAACUGGGCCAUGGUGCAGCUCGAAGGCCCAUCUGACGACGAUUUUUUGUUGCCGGACGGUACCGGAAAUUCGAUUUCCGGCAACCCCAGGUCGAAAUCUCGCCGGAAUAAAAAUGCUAAGCAGCUCACUUGGGUUCUUCUCCUUAAAGCCCACAAAGCUGCAGGCUGUUUGACCUCAAUCGCCACCGCAUUGUUCAGUCUCUCCGCUGCCGUGCGCCGCCGUGUUGCCUCCGGGAGGACUGACUCUGAUGAGUCGGAAAGCCCAGUUGUUAAGUCGAGGUUUUAUUCAUGUAUAAAAGUGUUUCUUUUGUUAUCUGUUUUAUUGUUAGGGUUUGAAAUAGUUGCUUAUUUUAGAGGGUGGCAUUUUGGUGGGCCAGAUCUUCAGUUACAGUAUUUAUACACUUUGACAAGGCCAUCAGUUGUGAAAGAUGCAUUCGAUUUGAUUUACUCAAAUUGGGUGAUGUUUAGGAGUCAUUAUCUAGCUCCCCCUCUUCAGUUUCUUGCCAAUUCAUGUAUAAUACUAUUUCUUAUCCAGAGUUUGGAUAGGUUGAUUCUGUGUUUAGGGUGUUUUUGGAUCAAGUUUAAGAAGAUUAAGCCUGUUUUAAAACACGGGGUCGAUGAUCUUGAAGCUGGUGAUGGUGCUAAGGGUUACUUCCCCAUGGUUCUUGUCCAAAUCCCCAUGUGUAAUGAAAGAGAGGUUUAUCAGCAAUCUAUAGCUGCGGUGUGCUGUUUGGAUUGGCCAAAGUCGAAAUUGCUUAUUCAAGUUUUGGAUGACUCUGACGAUCCAACUACACAAUUGCUGAUCAAGGAUGAGGUGCAUAAGUGGCAGCACGAGGGUGCUAACAUUUUGUAUAGGCAUCGUGUGAUCAGAGAGGGUUAUAAAGCUGGUAAUCUCAAGUCUGCAAUGAGCUGCAGCUAUGUGAAAGAUUAUGAGUUUGUCGCCAUUUUUGAUGCUGAUUUUCAACCCAUCCCUGACUUUCUUAAACAGACUGUUCCAUAUUUCAAGGAUAAUGAGGAGUUAGGUUUGGUUCAGACGAGAUGGUCGUUUGUGAACAAGGAUGAGAACCUCUUGACAAGGCUGCAAAACAUAAAUUUGGCAUUUCAUUUUGAAGUGGAGCAACAGGUGAAUGGAAUUUUGCUCAACUUCUUUGGAUUUAAUGGAACUGCUGGUGUUUGGAGAAUCAAAGCUUUAGAAGAAUCUGGUGGGUGGAUGGAGAGGACUACAGUUGAGGACAUGGACAUUGCUGUCCGAGCUCAUCUCCAUGGAUGGAAAUUCAUCUUCCUCAAUGAUGUCGAGUGUCAAUGUGAACUGCCCGAAUCUUAUGAGGCUUAUAGGAAACAACAGCACAGAUGGCAUUCUGGGCCAAUGCAGUUGUUUCGUCUCUGUUUGCCUGAUAUCAUCAGAUCAAAGAUUAGCUUAUGGAAAAAAUUUAAUAUGAUCUUCCUCUUCUUCCUGCUAAGAAAGCUAAUCCUUCCAUUUUAUUCCUUCACCCUGUUUUGCAUAAUCCUUCCGAUGACGAUGUUUAUACCAGAGGCCACUCUACCAUCAUGGGUUGUGUGCUAUAUUCCCGCGACCAUGUCAUUUCUUAACAUACUCCCAGCCCCAAAAUCAUUUCCUUUCAUCGUCCCUUACCUUUUAUUUGAGAAUACAAUGUCAGUAACCAAGUUCAACGCCAUGAUAUCUGGUUUGUUUCAACUAGGAAGUGCAUACGAAUGGGUAGUUACCAAGAAAUCUGGGCGCUCCUCAGAAGGUGAUCUAAUAUCUUUGAUUGAGAAAGAGGAGAAGCCUCUAAGAUUCAACUCAGAGCCUGAUUUGAAUGAAAUGCGGGAGGAAAUCGAGAAGGAAAUUAAAUUGGAGCAAAUUGCCUCUAAGAAAAGAAAGCACAACAGGAUAUACACAAAAGAAUUAGCACUAGCUUUUCUACUCUUGACAGCUUCAGCCAGAAGCCUCUUGUCUGCCCAAGGAAUCCAUUUCUAUUUCUUGCUCUUCCAGGGGGUGUCAUUUCUUCUGGUAGGCCUUGAUUUGAUCGGUGAGCAGGUUGGUUAAAGGGAAAAUGAUGGCUCUAUGCAGGGAGUAUAAUGUAAAAAAAAGGCUCUUCCGGCAAUCCGGCUGUUGUAGAUAAUGAAUCGAAGAUUAAACACGGAAUGAUCUUUAUUCACGAGUGAGUGAAUAUUGGCAUGCAGGAGCUGCUCAUGCUUGUUCACAAUACUUUGUUUAAAUCAAGCAACAAGGUCUUGCAAUAGAAAGGCUGAAUACCAGUAGACAAAGAUGGCGGUAGAGGGGGCUAUAUAGAUCAACAAUGUUAGUACUCCCUUAAUUUCCUUCGUACUACCAGGCAAACUCUAUAAUUCCAUGUUUUAGUGAUUCGUUUGUUCUUUAGUCUAUUCUUUUGUAAGAACGGAAAUGUGGUUUAAACGUGGAAAAACACAAGUUAUUUCAGA